CGAUGGGAAUGUUUAAUGGGAAGUACAAAUGAAUCAACAUGUGUUUGUAUCAUCGCUGGAAGUGUACUUGAUCAAGAUAUUGCGAGUGUCUUAAUUUCUCUUUCACCAUGGUUGGCUUCGAAACGUGUGGACCUAAUGAAGCAAUUGUUGUUUCUGGAAUGUGUACUGGAUCUGCACCAAAAUACGUCAGUGGCGGAAGGCUGUUUGUACUUCCUUUUGUGCAAAAAGCUCAGAGGUUGAAUCUGAACACAAUGACCCUAAAUGUAGAAUCUGCAAGGGUUUAUACUGUGGAAGGGGUCCCUAUUUCAGUGUCUGGUAUUGCACAGGUUAAGAUCCAUGGAGAAAGUAUGGACAUGUUGAAGUCUGCAGCAGAACAAUUUCUUGGCAAAUCAAUUGCUCAAGUACAAAAAAUUGCAUUGGAAACUCUGGAAGGACACCAACGUGCCAUGAUGGGUACAAUGAGUGUUGAGGAAAUCUAUAAGGAUCGUAAGAAGUUUUCCAAAAGUGUGUUUGAGGUUGCAUCAACAGACCUUUAUAAAAUGGGUAUUGCAGUUGUCAGUUACACACUGAAGGACAUCCGUGAUGAUGAGGGCUAUCUCCUUGCUCUCGGUAUGUCACGAACUGCUCAGGUGAAAAAAGAUGCCAGAAUUGGUGAAGCAGAGGCUGGCAGAGAUUCUGGGAUUAAGGAAGCACUUGCUGAAGAGGCAAGGAUGAAAGCAAAGUAUGAGAAUGACACUGAGGUGGCCAAGUCUCAACGUGAUUUUGAGAUCAGGCAAGCUGGAUAUGAUCUAGAAGUGCAAACAAAAAAUGCCCAGUCAAAACUUGCUUAUGAUCUACAAGCAGCCAUUACAAAACAAAAGAUUAAGGAAGAAGAAAUGCAGAUUCUUGUUGUAGAGAGAACACAGCAGAUCAAAGUUCAAGAACAGGAAAUGGCAAGAAUUGAGAAAGAGUUAGAAGCAACCAUACGGCAACCUGCAGAUGCUGAGAAAUACCGUAUUGAACAACUUGCAGAAGCAAGGAGAAGGAAAGUGAUUCUUGAAGCGGAAGCACAGGCUGAAGCAAUACGUGUGAAAGGAGAAGCUGAAGCUUUUGCUAUAGAAGCUAAAGCAAAAGCUGAAGCUGAACAGAUGGCAAAAAAAGCAGAUGCUUGGAAAGAUUAUCAAGAAGCUGCCAUGGUUGAUAUGGUCUUAGAGACAUUGCCAAAGAUUGCUGCUGAGGUUGCAGCACCAUUGAGCAGUUGUGAUAAAAUUGUGAUGGUGUCCAAUGGCGAUGGUGAUGUGGGUGCCGGUAAAAUAACCAAUGAAAUCUUAGAUAUUGUUGCUAAGUUACCAAAGGCUGUGGAGUCAUUGACUGGUGUAGAUAUUAGCAAGGCUCUUCAAAGAACUGUUGGUACUGCUCGUUAAUACUCCACUGGAACGGUAAAUUGUAUCAUUGAUGGUUUUAGCUUAUAAUCUUCUCAAACCAUACAAUAAGGAUAAUGCAUAUGAAUUAUACAUAUAUAGAUCAUUACCAAAGGAUUGCAUAAUUAAGUUAACAAAUUUAUUUCAAACUUGGGCUGUUCUUGCAUUUUUUCUAAUUUUGCAAACAUGCACUUGAAAAUGAGUCAUAUAUUUAUUCACAAAUUGAUCACAUUUGUACUACCAAUGCACUUAUGUAACCAUUGAAAGUGAUUUAACUAUUGACAAAUAUAUAUAAUGGGAAUAACAA